AUGACGACUGCAAGCUUCCAGCACAUCGACCCCGAUUCUUACUCCGGCAAACCAUGGAACAAAGUUGAUGGUCCCGGGACAUCUUUCACGCAGAGAAAACACCAAAGGACGCUGCACAAUAUCCGAGGCCGAGAGCAUGAAUUCACCACCGACAAUGCCGGCUUCGCAGUCUACAAUUCGCCCGCCAAAGAGAAGCUCUUCGUGGACGAGAAUGCCGUCCGGAACAGCUACUAUGCCGAAGUCGAGCAGAUGCUCCGCGAAAAGCUCCCUGGCAUCAGAAAGGUAGUCAUCUUCGAUCACACCAUCCGCCGCAGAAAGAAAGACUCGCCCCGCCAGCCCGUCCAACAGGUCCACGUCGACCAGACACCCGGCGCAGCCGAAGUACGCGUUCGCCGCCACUUGCCCAACGACGAAGCCAAACUGCUUCUCCAAGGCCGUUACCAGAUCAUCAACGUCUGGCGGCCCAUCGAGAACCCGGCAUCCGACAUGCCCCUCGCAGUAAUCGACUGGCGCUCCACUUCACCCUCAGAUUUUAUCCCCGUCGAUCUCCUCUACCCUCGGAGGGACUCCCUCGAUGCGGACGAUGACGACCGCGGAAAGGAGAAGCUGCCUGAUCCCCAGUCUUUUACGAGCACCGAGGGGUAUGAAGUCAAGGGAGAGACCUUAAGUAUAGCGCCGAAUGACAAGCAUCAGUUCUAUUAUAUGAAGGAUAUGACUCCGGAUGAGGUUAUGUUGUUGAAGUGCUUUGAUUCUUGGGGGGAGGGCAUGCGGGACGGUGUGAAAGGGCUGGCAUUGAGGACCCCGCAUACGGCCUUCGUGGAUCCGCAGACGCCGGCUGAUGCGCCAGGGCGGCAGUCGAUUGAGGUGAGGUGCCUAAUCUUUUACGAGUGA